AUGAAUGAAAAUGCUCCUGGAAACAAUCAAAUGAAGUCUCCAACAAUUCAAAAGGAUUUAACAUGGGCUUGUGCUGCUGAAGUCACAAAUGUCAUUCUUAAUGAUAUAAAAGACAAUAUAUUUUCUCUUAUGGUUGAUGAGUGUCGAGAUAUUUCAGUCAAAGAACAAAUGGGAGUUGUUUUAAGAUACGCUAUUGAUGAAUUGUUUGCAAAACAUAAGUUGUCAUUAUCAAGAUUGAGAGGUCAAGGAUACGAUGAAGCUUCAAAUAUGCGAGUUGCUAAAAGCAAUCGAAUUGUGAGCGAUUUCUUCCAAUAUGUUACUAUGAUUGUGAAUAUUAUUGUGCUUGAAAAUGUGUAUGAUGAUGGUACUCAUGAUGAUAAUAGUGGUAUCGCCACCAAUUUGAUUGAUAAGAUGGAGAGUUAUGAAUUUGUGUUUGUGAUGCAUUUGAUGAAAUAUUUAUUGGGAAUCACAAAUGAAUUGUCACUUGCCUUACAACAAAAGGAUCAAAACAUUGUACUGGCUGUUCUUGAUAUGAUGGUUCAAGAGAUGAAUAAUCGAUUUUCAGAAUCAAGUACGGAGCUACUUCACCUUGCUGAACUUUAUCCAGAGGACUUUUCAUUGACUGAUCGUGUAAUACUUGAGGUCCAACUUGAGACUUACAUUCAAAAUGCACGAGGUGAAUUUUCUAUGAUUGAAGAUUUGAGAAGUCUUGCUAAAAAGAUAGUUGAAACGGGCAAGAAUAUAAUUUUUUCAUUGGUAUAUCGUUUGAUCGAGUUAGCAUUAGUUUUACCAGUUGCAACUGCUUCUGUUGAAAGAGUUUUUUCUGCGAUGGAAAUUAUCAAGACUAAUUUGUGUAAUAUGAUGGGGAUGAGUGGAUGA